AUGUUCUCAAUAGGCGGAGAGAUAGCCAUUUCGAUGCCGUGCUUGAGGGUUUCAUGGAGAGCCAAAGAAACUAGCCGCGACAUUGAGACAAAGCUAGAGUUCACGCGAUACGAACUAGAUGGAAGACUUGGAGAACUCUCUACCCAAAUAGAGAGAGUAGAGUCAAGAUGCUUGGACAUGGAGGAAGAUUUGAAGAAGCAAGGCGAGGCCAUUGAAGACAAUAGGAGAGCGAUACACUUUACCAAAGUUUCUACCAAGGAGAUGGACAAUCACUUAGAUGAGAAGAUCACAAGUCUUGAUAACAACCUCGAUGGCACCACCAAGAGUCUCAAUUCAAUAACAGCAGUAGCUCAUCAAGCUAAGAGGGAGGUAGCCGAAGUAACCUAA